AUGGCACCAAACGAGCAAGAGAGUCCACACCGCGCCCGCGCCGACUCUGUCAUCGAGCUGAACGGCCUCUCCACAUCACCACAACCAGCACCGCCGCCAGUCACCGAUGCCGGUGCCGCUGCCGCACCUCCAGACAUCGAAGCAGUGCCACUUGAGGCGGGCGCUGGCGCUCCGCAGCGCCACUACCACAUCCCGCACUGGGUCUUCCAGCCCACUCUGCUCUUCCUGCUCGUGUGCUUGAUCGCGGCACUCAUCUACGCGUCAUGCACGUAUCUCAAGAAAGGGCAUGAAACGCCGGGAGGACACAACAGGACUAAUGCCACGAGUACGACUACCGCGGGAAUGGCGACGUUGAUAUGA